AUGGUAGAAUCAACUCAUGGAACUAUCAGGAUUACACCAUCCACUAGAAGUGCUGUCCUCAUUCGUGUUUUUAACGAUCAAUAUGAGGAAAUUAAUGAUACAACUUGUUUUGAAAGUGUUCAUGUUAUCAUAGAAUCAUAUGACCCAGAUAAAGAGAAAAAAUGGGAUAGAACGACAAUAUCAUUGUCUCAACCUACAUGGAAAAGAACUGGACAUCCAAAGAUCAUUUUGAAAGCUAUCGUCUACUAUUGUCAAAACCUAAAAGAUUUAGAGAGGACUGUCAUGAGAGAGAUUUCCUACCCGACAAAGAAAUCAAAUAUUAAGGAAAAGACAGAGAAGGAGGACUAUAUGACUAGAAUGUCUGAGCCAUUCAAAGGUCAAAUCUUUUAUCAUAAAAACGAAGAUCCAAACAUUGCAAUAAACAGAAAUAAUAGAAUUAGCAAUAAUAAUAAUAAUAAUAAUGAAGAUGAUGAAAACAAUAACAAUAACAAUAAUAAUAAUCAACCAUAUUUAAAUUUAUAUGAAGAUGACUCUGAAGAAUCUUCAGAUGAUUUCAAUAAUAAUAAUAAUAAUUAUGAUCUACCAAAUUAUGAAAAAAAUAUGGUAGAAUCAGAGGAAGAUAGAUUUGUAAAAGAUGAAACCAACUCUAGUUUUAUCAAGACCAAAGGUUUAACUCUACGUUUUUGCAUUAGAAAUGGGUUCAGAGUAUUUCCUAAAGUAGUAGAGGCCAAACCUUCUUCUCCACCCACAACUUUCAAGUUUUCUUCUUACAUUCCUUCAGGAAGUCCGAAUCAAGUCCCCACUCUUUCAUUGGUAGUUUCUCCUCCAAGUAGAAGCAAAAAACCAAGAGCCAACUACCACUCCAAACAAAUUUCACAACAAUCUUCAACUGUUGAUAAUUCCACUAAUCAACAACAGCCACCCCAACCUAAGAAAUCAAAACAAAAACAACAAAAACAAAAACAAAAACAAAAUCAACAACAAUUUCAACAAGAACAAGAACAUCUACCACUACUACAACAAUUUCCACAGCAACAGCAAGAACAACAACAACAACAACAAUACCAAUAUCAAUUUCAAAAUCCAGAAAAUCAACAAUCUCAAUAUGAGUAUCACUUUCCACAACAAACACAGUAUAUGUACAAUUUUCAAAACACAAAUAAUGAAAACUUUUCGAUACAACAACCCAAUAUGAUUCCUUACCAUCAUUUCUAUCAGUAUCCAGAUCUCAACACACAUCAAAUGCCAACUCUUCAACCAUAUCCUUAUUAUAUUAACAAUUUUAUGCCAAAUCAGUUUCAACAAAUUUCACAAGUUCACCAACAAAAUAAUGAACAAAACCAACAAAAUCAACAGAAUCAACAAAAUCAACAAAAUCAACAAAAUAAUGAACAAAACCAACAAAACCAACAGAAUUAA